AUGGGAGGUGCACCCUCUGGAACCGCCGGCUACGAUGCCGCCCUCGAGCGCCGCCAGGCCCUCAUGGGCAAGAGUGGCCCGCGCGCCCUCGUCAAGAACUGGCGCGUCGCCCGCAUCGCCUGCUUCGCCUGUCUGGGCGGCGUCCUCUACGGCUACAACCAGGGCAUGUUCUCGGGCAUCCUCGUCAUGCCGUCCUUUGGCAAGCACACGGACGGCUACAUUGACAACCCCACAAACAAGGGCUGGCUCACGUCCAUCCUCGAACUCGGCGCCUGGCUCGGCGCCGUCAUGUCCGGCGCCACCGCCGAAAUCUUCUCCCGCAAGUACGGCAUCCUCAUCGCCACCGCCUUCUUCCUCCUCGGCGUCGUCGUCCAGGCCGUCUCCAUCACGGGCGGCUACAAGCCCAUCCUGGCCGGCCGCUUCAUCACCGGCAUCGGCGUCGGCUCCCUCAGCACCAUUGUGCCCCUCUACAACUCCGAGUGCGCGCCCCCCGAGGUCCGCGGCGCCCUCGUCGGCCUCCAGCAGCUCGCCAUCACCUUUGGCAUCAUGAUCUCCUUCUGGAUCAACUACGGCUGCAACUACAUUGGUGGCACCACCCUCGAGACACAGUCCGACGCCGCCUGGCUCGUCCCCAUCUGCCUCCAGGUCGCGCCCGCCCUCCUCCUCUUCUUCGGCAUGCUCUGGAUGCCCUUUUCGCCCCGGUGGCUGCUGCACCACGGCCGCGAGGACGAGGCGCGCCAGGUCCUGUCUCAUCUGCGCCAUCUGCCCGGGACCCAUGAGCUCGUCGAGCUCGAGUUCCUCGAGAUCAAGGCCCAGAGCCUCUUUGAGAAGCGCAGCAUCGCCGAGAGGUUCCCGCACCUCCAGGCGCAGACGGCCUGGAACACCACAAAGCUGCAGUUUGUCGCCAUCCUCGCCCUAUUCCAGACAAAGGCCAUGUUCAAGCGCGUGGUUGUGGCUACUGUCACCAUGACGGCCCAGCAAUGGUCCGGCAUCAACGCCGUCUUGUACUACGCCCCGUCCAUCUUCGAGCAGCUCGGGCUGUCCUCGACGACGACGAGUUUGCUGGCGACCGGCGUGGUGGGCAUCGUCAUGUUCAUCGCGACAAUCCCCGCUGUGCUCUGGAUUGACCGCGUCGGCCGCAAGCCCGUGCUCGCCGUCGGCGCGCUGGGCAUGAGUCUCAGUCAUUUCAUCAUUGCCGUCAUCCUGGCCAUGAAUAUCGACCGCUUCGAAACGCAGCAGGCGUCGGGAUGGGCUGCCGUUGUCAUGGUCUGGCUCUUUGUCAUCCACUUUGGCUACUCCUGGGGACCCUGUGCUUGGAUCCUCAUUGCCGAGAUUUGGCCCCUGAGCACCCGUCCGUAUGGUGUUUCGCUCGGUGCUUCUUCCAACUGGAUGAAUAACUUUGUCGUUGGACAGGUCACCCCCGACAUGCUGGAGAAUAUUACCUAUGGCACAUAUAUCCUCUUUGGCCUUCUGACGUUCUUGGGUGCUUGCUUCAUCUGGUUCUUCGUCCCGGAGACCAAGCGACUUUCGCUUGAGGAGAUGGACAUCAUCUUCGGCUCCGAGGGCACUGCGCAGGCCGACUUUGAGCGCAUGGAUGAGAUCAACAGGGAGAUUGGCUUGUUCGAUCUGAUCAACACGGGCCGUCUCGCGACGCGCCACUCGCACGACUCGGAGAAGAAGCACCCGAUCGAACAUGAUGUUUGA